CCUGCGGCGUCCCGCCGCCCGGCACCUUCCUCUCCUCCUCCCCCUCCCUUUCCCCCUCCUCCUCCUCCUCCUCCCGCUCUGGCGGCGGUUCCCGCGCCGGGCGGCAGUGCCUGCGCAGUGACGGUCGCCCGUUCUCCCCUUCCCCCGAAGCUUCGUGAAGAUUCCGGAAGGCUCCGGCCGGCUCUUUCCGCUGAGGGAGCCACCCCGCCCCCCCGGUGCUGCCCGGCUUCCGGCUGCCGCUGCCGCUCUGCCGGGCUCUGCUGGCCUCCGCUCGCCGGCGGUGGGGCAGGAAACGCCGCCGGUCGCUCCGCCGCCAUGUCGUUGCUCUGCUACAACCGGGGCUGCGGCCAGCGCUUCGACCCCGAAACUAAUACAGAGGAUUCAUGCACAUAUCAUCCAGGUGUGCCAGUCUUUCAUGAUGCUCUCAAAGGUUGGUCAUGUUGUAAGAGAAGAACAACAGACUUUUCUGACUUCUUAAGCAUUGUGGGCUGUACAAAGGGUCUCCAUAACAGUGAGAAACCUCCUGAGCCUGUCAAACCUGAAGUCAAAACUACCUCUGAACGAAAGGAGCUAGCUGAACUGAAACCCAAAUUUCAAGAACACAUAAUUCAGGCACCGAAACCAUUGGAAACAAUUAAAAGGCCAAGCCCAGAUGAGCCAAUGACAAAUUUGCAGCUGAAAGUGUCAGCUUCCUUGAAGCAAGCACUAGAUAAACUGAAACUGUCAUCAGAAAACGAAGAGAAAAAAGAGGAAGACAGUGAUGAAAUCAAGAUUGGGACGGCAUGUAAAAAUGCAGGCUGUUCAAAAACAUACGAAGGACCACACAGCACAGAAGAAGUAUGUAUAUACCAUUCUGGUGUACCUAUAUUCCAUGAAGGGAUGAAGUAUUGGAGCUGCUGCAAAAGAAAAACAUCUGACUUCAAUACAUUUUUAGCUCAAGAAGGCUGCACAACAGGAACACACAUAUGGACUAAAAAGGAUGCGGGAAAGAAAGUAGUUCCAUGCAGGCAUGAUUGGCACCAGACUGGAGGAGAAGUAACUAUUUCUGUAUAUGCUAAAAACUCUGUUCCUGAUCUGAGCUACGUAGAAGCAAAUAGCACAAUGUUAAAUAUCCAUAUUGUAUUUGAAGGAGAAAAGGAAUUUCAUCGCAGUGUGAAAUUAUGGGGAGUAAUCGAUGUGAAGAGAAGUUAUGUGAACAUGACGGCUACAAAGAUUGAGCUUACGAUGAGAAAAGCAGAGCCCCUAUUAUGGGCAAGUCUUGAAUUACCGGUAUCCAACGCACAACAAAAAAAAGAAAAUUCAGAUCAAUAAUGAUUCCAAGAGACAAGUUAUUUCCCAUUAUGAAGUGGUGACUUGCUACUGUAAUCAAAUAUUUAACUUUUAUAUAUAGAUUCAUUUUUUUAUGCUAUGUUCAUUCUACAGAGAAAUUUGAUGCACAGUAAAUGGGGGUGUAAACUUGAAGGGUAAUAGCUAUUUCUGCUCUUGCUCCCAUGAGUAUAUUUAUUCGAAUUGGAGUGUUUCCAUGGGGAUUUAAAGAGCUAUUGCCCCUUGCUUACCACCUUACCUACCGACCACCCAAUAGAUGUGUUCUCAGUCCACUGUGUGUGUCAAUUUUUCAGGUGUUUGGUUUAGACUGGAUCUACGGGGUAGCAUGUGUUAAGUUCAGCACUGUUCCUUAUGAAGCAUACAGUAAAACAGAUACAAAAAAUCCGAGUUUAUAAAGUGAUUAACAUGCAAUUCUACAUCUAGAACAAAAAGGUACAUAAACAUAAAUGUGAAAGAACACUUGUAGACUUGCAUUUUUGUCUUCUGAAAACUAAGGUUUGUUUCAAUACCUGUUGGCUGUGGAGGGAUGGAAUAAAAGGUAUUUUGCUAGGGAUUUCAGUACUUGCUGACUCUUUUGCUGUCUUUCAUGUACAAAACCAGGAGAUUAGGUUAAAAUAAGCUGGCAUAAGAGGAUUUUUUUAAUUUUUUUUUUUUUUACUCCUUUAUCUUUGGUAUUUUAAUUGUGAAAUAUAAAAGUGAAUGGACAGUGAAAUGGCUGAAAAAUUUCGCACCUCAGCUGUGGAGAAUAUACAAACAGCAGGCUGUUGUAAAAUUACCAAGGUGCGCUGUAUAUAUUUGACAGUCUUUAGAAUGUAUAUUCUGUCGUAUUCUACAACUUUCAAAAUUACAAAUCUUUUUUUCAAAGUAGGUGGAUAUGUGUAGUAGGAGAAGACAGUGCACACUGUAGGUGUCUCAGGAAAGUUAUUUCCAUGUAGAUACGCAGAGCUCUUGUUUCUGAGGAUGGUAAUCUAAGAACUAAAUUUCUCUACAGGACAAAUCUUAGGAGAAACAAACAAGCAGCUUUAAAAUGUUUGUCUCAAAUCAUAAUUGUACCUUUGAAUUAAAAUAUUUUAAAAAUAUUAUUUCUUUUGAACAGCAUAAGCAAAACACUGAUUAGAAAUCAAGACCUCCAGUUCUCCAUCAGUAAAGAUUUGUGGCUGAAAGCAGGAUAGUUUUAAAGAUGAGACUUUGUCCAAGCAGCAACUCGUUCAGUAAUGUUGCUUUCUCUUUCUGCUUGAAAUAGUUUCUUAACUUUGGGUUGCAGCUGAAAGAAAAACAAUGUUUUCGUAUGCAAGUCAUGCAAAAUGUACACCAUUAUUUAUUGCGCCAAAACUUAUAUAUGUAAACAAGCAGUCCUGUGGAUUGUUGAAAUGUGUGGAUGCUCAUCUGCCUGCCUUGGCAAUCCUUGAAUAAUGCCAAGAGAAAUGCAGAACGUAGUAAAGGCAUUCUGAAGUUAAAGCUUCCUAUUUCCAAACAGGUAUAAUUUGAUUUGAACUCAGAGUUCCAUCUCUAGCAGUACUUGAAAUCCUACUUCAUGUUUAAAGUAGUAGGAAAUACAUUACCAAAGAAACCAUCCCCAAACACCAUAUAUAAUCCAGUACUGUAUAUAUGAAAUUUGUGUUGGUGCUUCUUUACCUUCAUUUCAAGAUCCUGUUUCCUCACUGACUUGGAGGCAGUGUGGUUGCUUACUCCCUUGGGCCCCUACUAAAAGUUCCAGCUCUGAGUUCUGUUUAAAAGAUUCUGUUGACUUCUAAUAAUGCUGCCUUUUAUUUUUAGGGUUUUUUUAAUACAUUCAAAAAUGUCAGGUGCUGUGAAGUCACAGGGUACAAGCUUACAAAAAUGUAUGCCUGCAAAUAGUCCUCUAAAAAUUGAACAGAUGUUCCCUGAUGUGUUCUGAACCAACAAGUGGAGCUGCUUUUAGUAUAAUACUAAGAACAAUCACUUCAGUGGGUGAAAAAUUCUAGAUAGCUGUAGCUAGUAGUGUGCCAUCUGGGUUUUUGUAUGCAGAACUCUGAACUUGGAUGGCAAAAUGAGCGGUGUUUAAAUGCCAGGAUGAAGUUGUUAUUUGACAAGCAAGUUCAAAUGCAUGUCUAUCCAUAUGGAUAUAUGAGUACCCUAAACAUCUUCUGUUUUCCACAUAUUUUCAAUUUAUUUGCAUCCUCAUGUGCAGUAGGUUUACAUCAUGUAAAAUCCAUUGUAAAGAACUACAAGGGAAAUGGAAUUUCUUGGGAGUACAAAAUUUCUGGUUUUAAGGAAAUCAUCUGCUCCCUCAGUAUACUGAACGCUAAGUGGAGAAAAGUGUGGAUGAAAGGACCUUCUGCUGUUAGCGCUGCAGGCUUUGGGACCCAGUAACGAUUUGUCACAUGCUUUUGAAGUACAUUCUGCUGGUAGCUGAGUCAUCUUGGUCACAAGUGGAAGAAAGCUCCUGUGAACAUUGUCCUCAGUUCUGCUUUUUAUUUGUUCCUCCUCUUUUCCUGGUGUUCAUACUUUCAGCAGAAAAUUAAAGAUACUUCAGGAGUUCCAUAAUGACUUUCCUCAUCAGUGACAAUAAAACCACUUUUAAAAUUCACCUGUUUAAGAAAGUAAGCAAACAAACAAAACCUCAGCUUUGAUGAGGCAAGAAGGUGAAGGUUUUACAAAUAACAGCCUAGUUUUCUGUGGCCUGUGAUGUUUUUCAAAAUAAAAGGAUAACCUUUCAGAUGGUAUAGACUGCCGUUAAGUCUUGUUUAACUGCAUUAAUUUUUAGCAGCCUUUUGUAACCAUACGUCUGCUUCCACCAUCAAGCUGGAAAAGCCGUGUCACUGAAUUUGAGCGUUUGGAGCAGUUGCUCAGAACCGGCUUCAACGCACCGAUGUUUGAUCAACAAGUAUGUACUGGAAUACUUGCAGUUAAAUUCACCUUUUUUUCAUGUUUUCAGAAGUUGUGCUGUAUUUAACAAGCUGGUUAACUUGCUACAGUCUAGCUAUAUUUUUAUAAUUAAUGAGUCUUUAAAAGCUGUAGCAUGUUCCAGUAUGGGUUUACAUGUCACAUGUAGACAGCGUGUUACAUGUCUCAGAACUGACUGUCCCAGUGUGUAUAAAACUUCCUUCACAAUCUCUUUUUAAUACGAAAAUUUGCAUGGGUAUACAAAUUUGUGACAGAAAUAUUCAUCUUCUCCCUCAGGUAUAUGCCCAUUUUCCUGCCUAGCCUUAGGUAUUGUAUCUGUAACAACAUUUCUUGGAGGAGUUGGAAUUUAUUUUUAAUGUUAACAUACUGUUAAGCACUGGGCUGUUCAGCUACUCUGACUUUGUUUUACACGGCACUGAUGUAACUUGACAAAAAACUCUUGAAUUGGAUGAUCUUCUAGAACAUGUACAUUAUCAAGUCACCAUUUCAGUAGUUUAGGGACUAGUUUUAAUAGGAAUUUUGCCUUGAAAAAAAUUACGUAUUCUACAUAAUAAUGCAUUUUUUGCUUGCAUUCUUUAAACACGGCAUGAGCGUUGGUUAAAUACUGUACCUGUUAAUCAUUGGUCUUUCCAAUUGCUACUAAAUUUUUUUUAUCUCUGUUGAGGAACGAGAUCCUUUUUGAAGUAAUGAAUUAUGUGUCUGGAACACUGUUUUAAGGUGGAAAUAGUUUUGCCAUUAUAAGAGUCAUGAAUUACGGUUGAAGGGGGGAGAUGUCUUUUUGCAUGGUUGUUUAAUUCUGCACAUUCAUAAAACUUAAAUCCAGAAAUUAAUCUCAUGUCUUCAUGCUCUAGGUUUUUUCUAAAUGUAUCCAAUAAAAUUCUUAUUACAUGC